UAUGACUAUGUGGAGGUGCGAGAUGGUGUGGAUGACAAUGGUCAGCUGGUGGGGAAGUACUGUGGGAAGAUUGCCCCCUCUCCAGUAGUCUCUUCUGGAAAUCAGCUCUUCAUCAAGUUUGUGUCUGACUACGAGACCCAUGGAGCAGGUUUCUCCAUUCGAUAUGAGAUCUUUAAAACAGGUCCCGAAUGCUCCAAGAACUUCACUUCCAACAGCGGUGUCAUAAAGUCACCUGGGUUUCCAGAGAAAUACCCCAACAACCUGGACUGCACUUUCAUGAUAUUUGCCCCAAAGAUGUCAGAAAUCAUUUUGGAGUUUGAGAGCUUCGAACUGGAGCCCGACACAACACCCCCAACUGGUGUUUUCUGCCGCUAUGAUCGUCUGGAGAUUUGGGAUGGUUUCCCUGGAGUCGGGCCUUACAUUGGAAGGUACUGUGGGCAGAACACUCCAGGAAGGAUCAUCUCCUACACUGGCAUUUUGGCCCUGACAAUCAACACUGACAGCGCCAUUGCAAAGGAAGGCUUUUCUGCCAACUUCACUGUCAUUGAAAGGACUGUUCCAGAGGACUUUGACUGUAGAGACCCUUUGGGAAUGGAAUCGGGAGAGAUAACAUCAGACCAAAUCAUGGUGUCAUCCCAGUACAAUCCUAGCUGGUCCCCAGAACGUUCGAGACUUAACUACUAUGAAAAUGCAUGGACGCCAGCAGAGGACUCAAAUAAGGAAUGGAUACAGGUGGACCUUGGAUUUUUGAGAUUUGUUUCAGCCAUUGGCACUCAGGGCGCCAUAUCCCAGGAGACACAGAAGGUAUACUUUGUCAAGUCCUACAAAGUAGAUGUCAGCUCUAAUGGAGAGGACUGGAUUACCUUGAAAGAGGGAUCAAAACAGAAGGUAUUCCAAGGCAACACCAACCCUACAGACAACGUCAAGGCGAUGCUGCCCAAACCAACACUGACACGUUUUGUCCGGAUACGUCCUGUUACCUGGGAAACAGGAAUUGCACUGCGCUUUGAAGUGUAUGGCUGCAAGAUAUCAGAGUACCCAUGUUCAGGCAUGCUGGGUAUGGUGUCAGGUUUGAUCGCAGACAACCAGAUCACUGCAUCCUCUCAUACAGACCGGAGCUGGGUACCAGAGAAUGCCCGGCUGCUAACCAGCAGGACAGGGUGGACACUGCUGCCACAGCCACAGCCCUUCACAAAUGAAUGGCUGCAAGUUGAUCUUGGUGAAGAAAAGCUUGUGAGAGGUUUGAUCAUCCAAGGAGGAAAGCAUCGUGAAAACAAAGUAUUCAUGAAGAAAUUCCGUCUAAGCUACAGCAGCAAUGGCUCUGACUGGAGGAUGGUGUUUGACACUAGUGGGAACAAACCAAAGAUAUUUGAAGGCAACAGCAAUUAUGAUACUCCUGAACUGAGGACAGUGGAACCAUUGUUGACCCGUUUCAUCAGAAUUUAUCCUGAGAGAGCCACUCCCUCUGGGAUGGGCCUAAGACUUGAACUCCUGGGCUGUGACAUGAAAGCUCCUACUCUCCCUCCUACCACAAUUAGUCCCAGCGCUACCCCAUCAGAUGAUUGUGACGAUGACCAGGCAAGCUGCCACAGUGGCACAGGUGAUGACUACGAUGUGACAGGUACCAUGAUGUCAGAGACCACAACUACUGAAGUGGAUACUGUCCCUGCUUUUCUGUGGUUUGCCUGUGACUUUGGCCUGGCCAGCGAUCCAUCCUUCUGCAGCUGGACAUCAGAGGACACUGGCUCCAGGUGGCAAAUCCAGUCCAGUGGCACCCCCACUCUCAACACUGGACCCAAUAUGGACCACACAGGUGGUUCUGGAAAUUUCAUCUACACAUUAGCAACUAGUCAUCAAGAAACUGAGGUGGCUCGACUGGUUAGCCCUAUGGUCAGUUCCCCAGACUCUGACCUUUGUGUGUCCUUUUGGUAUCAUAUGUUUGGGUCGCAUAUUGGUACACUACAUAUCAAACAGCGGAAACAGACAGUUGAUGGACCUGCUGACAUCCUACUGUGGAUGGUUAGUGGUCACCAAGGCAACCGCUGGAGGGAAGGUCGUGUUCCUGUGCCACGUACAAACAAACCAUAUCAGCAUUACAUUGGGGAUCUUGAAUGUAGUCCUGAAAUGUUGCUCAAAAAUUUCUGUUCUUUUUUUAAGGUGGUGAUUGAAGGUAUUGUGGAGAGAAAGAGUUGGGGAGACAUUGCUGUGGAUGACAUUAAGAUUCUCAGUGGACUCAGUGCGCAAGACUGCAAAGAUCCUGAUGUGCCCACUGAACCGAUGCUACCUGAAGACAAUUUCAAUGAAAUCCUUGAGGAAAUCACAGAAUAUCCCGACUUUGUUGAAACUGACCAGAUCAGCGGAGCAGGGAAUAUGUUAAAGACUCUUGACCCCAUCCUCAUUACUAUCAUUGCCAUGUCCGCCCUGGGGGUUUUCCUUGGGGCCAUCUGUGGUGUUGUUUUGUAUUGCGCCUGCUCGCAUGGAGCCAUGUCAGAGAGGAACUUAUCUGCUUUGGAAAACUAUAACUUUGAACUAGUUGAUGGUGUUAAGCUAAAAAAAGACAAACUUAAUGUUCAGAGCUCAUACUCAGAGGCA